UUCGGUUUUUCACAUUUUAAGGGCUCAGUAGGCACAUUGGCCAGUGGCUACUGUAUCGGACAGAGCAGAUAGAGAACAUUUUCGCCUUUGCAGAAAGUUCUUUGGGAGGGCACUGUUUAGAUGAAUAAGGCCAUGGGAAAGUGCUUGGUGAUGGGGUUAAGUGCCAUUCUUUCUGGCAAGUCAUCUGCAGGCCCAGAAACGGAAUGUGCAGGGGGUGUUUCAUUGUCAAGAAUGGGAAGUUAAUAAAUCCCCUUAGCCGCAUUUUGGCUGCCUGACUCACUGGCUGUUCCCACUGCCAGUGUCAGAGGGUGGGGGAGAGAGUAGAAUCAAACGCAGUGUUUCAGGGCGGUGCUUUUCUGCCCCAGCUGUGGGUUGCAACCACCCAGGGAACUCAAAACAAAACAAAAAACCCACGCCUGAGCUCUGCCGCAGAACAACUGAAUCUGAAUCUCUAGGAGUGGGGCCCAGGAAGUUGGUUUUUUUUUUUUUUUUAAGUUCCCCAGGGAAUUCUAAUGUACAGCCAGACUUGAGAACAACUGCCUUCAAGACUGUGACCUCCAACAAAUGAACAAGGAUACCUGAAGACUGGAAGACGGUGUUUCGAGAUAGUUUUACUUAUCAUUUGGUAUUUACCAAGUGCCUGCCAAGUGCUAUGACAGAUGCAAAGAUGUGGUCCGACUUGUCUCCGAGGAGCUUGCAGGCUAGUGGAAGAAUCUCCUUUUCAGCUUCUGCCGAGCCAGUAGCAGUUGGGAAAGAAGGCUGUGCUCUUUAAAGAGUGUCAGCCAGCCUUAGAGAGCGGAAUGGAUCUUGACGUGGUUAACAUGUUUGUGAUUGCGGGCGGGACGCUGGCCAUCCCAAUCCUGGCAUUUGUGGCCUCAUUUCUCCUGUGGCCUUCUGCACUGAUAAGAAUCUAUUACUGGUACUGGCGGAGGACACUGGGCAUGCAGGUCCGCUAUGUUCACCAUGAAGACUAUCAGUUCUGUUAUUCCUUCCGGGGCCGGCCUGGGCACAAACCCUCCAUCCUCAUGCUUCAUGGAUUCUCUGCGCACAAGGAUAUGUGGCUCAGCGUGGUCAAGUUCCUUCCAAAGAACCUACACUUGGUCUGCGUGGACAUGCCAGGACAUGAGGGCACCACUCGCUCCUCCCUAGAUGACCUGUCCAUAGAUGGGCAAGUCAAGAGGAUACACCAGUUUGUAGAAUGCCUCAAGCUGAACAAAAAACCCUUCCACCUGGUGGGCACCUCCAUGGGUGGCCACGUAGCAGGGGUGUACGCUGCUCACUACCCAUCGGACGUCUCCAGCCUGUGUCUCGUGUGCCCCGCUGGCCUGCAGUACUCUUCUGAUAAUCAGUUUGUGCAGCGGCUCAAAGAACUGCAGGACUCUGCUGCUGUAGAGAAGAUUCCCUUGAUCCCGUCCACCCCAGAAGAGAUGAGUGAAAUGCUCCAGCUCUGCUCGUAUGUUCGCUUCAAGGUGCCCCAGCAGAUCCUGCAAGGCCUGGUCGAUGUCCGCAUCCCCCACAACAACUUCUACCGAAAGUUGUUUUUGGAAAUCGUCAAUGAGAAGUCCAGAUACUCUCUGCAUCAGAACAUGGACAAGAUCAAGGUCCCGACGCAGAUCAUCUGGGGAAAACAAGACCAGGUGCUCGACGUGUCUGGGGCGGACAUGUUGGCCAAGUCAAUUGCUAACUGCCAGGUGGAGCUUCUGGAAAACUGUGGGCACUCAGUGGUGAUGGAGAGACCCAGGAAGACAGCCAAGCUCAUGGUCGACUUUUUUGCUUCUGUGCACAACACAGACAACAAUAAGAAGCUGGACUGAGGUGCCGACUGCAGCCUGCAUUCCACUCGCGGCAUCUGCUCCCAUCCCCGAAUCCGACGCGGCCACCACUCUCAGGGAUCCUGCCCCAAAUGCGGUCGGAGUGCCAGUGUCCCUGAGGAAGCCAGUCCCCUCUCCCUGGUAUCCACAGUUCCACAGAGCUUCGGGGGCCAGGAGAAAAUCUCCAAGAUCUUUUUCACAAAACGGAAACUCACAUGGAACAAAAUAAGAAAACUCAGCCACGAAAUCUACUGAGAAGUCUUCAAGUUCAUGUCUUUGCAAGCUUGUGCAAAACAGCCACCUUGGACCAUAAUCACGGAGGACGUUUUCUUUAAGACAUUCCGCAUAGACUGAGACUGGAUAUUUUUGUUGCUUCAGAUCUAUUCCCUUGCAUGGCCAGUGGCUUUUAUAGAGGCAUUAGUCCCCAUUCACUGAACCCUGUUGUGUAGGUCUAAUUUAAGUUUUACAUGGAGACCCCUGUGUGAACAUAGCCCGUCAGCUGCAAGACCAGGGAGGGAAACGGAAAGCUGUAGGAUACGUACCCACAUGGAGGGGCAUCGUCCUGCCUGGCCAGCUCUGGGAACUGCAGGAACAGCAGAGCUCACAGGUGGGUGGUUUGUUGGGCACCCACAAGUCGGGUAUGUCGUGAGUGAACUCAGAACUGUCACAGAAUGAAGAACAACACCUGGCAGGGUGGGUUUCCUAGGAAUAAUUUAUUAUUUUUUAAAAAUAGGACUAAUAAAGCAAUAACGUUCUAGACAUAUAUCUAAAUAAUCAGACUCAGGUUCCACACACAAGCAACACCCUGUGGGCCUCUUUUCUAUUCUGCUGUGCUACCGAAACCCCUGGACAUAAAAUACCCGUUUGUUAAUGAAUUCCGUGAAUUCUGUGAACAGUAAUUGAAAAUAAGUCUAAACAGCUGUAAAAAUGACCACAAUGACAUGAAAUAAAUUUAAUAAGUCUAGAUCAGCAA